AUGGAGACUGUUGCCGAGUGCUCUGCGCCGGUGGCGACCGUUGGUGCGUCGGGAGCUGCGUGGCGUAGCUGGUCUGCUGCCGCUGCGGAUGAGGGCGCUAAGCGCACUACGACGGGGAUCCCUACUUCCGGGAGCCCGGAGGCCGCUGCUGCUGCUGGGCCGUCAAUGGACGAGGCUUUCCAGGGACAGCGGGUCUAUGCGGAACGGGGGCAGCCGGUGGUCCCGCAGAUGCGUUCCACUUCGCGGGAGAACUGCACGAUCGUCACCACCAUCAACGCCGCCGGCGCCGUGUUGGCCCCUACCAUCAUCUUCAAAGGGCAGCGUUUCAACGAAGAUUGGAUCGUGGAUCAGGACGGCCCGCCGGGUGCGACGUACACCUGCACGGAGUCGUCCUUCAUGUGUGGUGACGUGUUCAUCAAGUACAUCAUAGACUUUCACGAGCAGCUGCGCAAGCGCAACUUGCUCGAUGGAAAAUUCCAUGUGCUCAUGCUGGAUGGGCACGCGUCGCACGUGAGUUUGGAAAUCGUGGAGUUGGCCAGGUCCCUCAACAUCCACCUCGUCCAGCUGCCCUCCCACAUGUCCCACAUCACCCAGCCCCUGGACGUCGCUGGCUUCGGGUGCUUCAAGAAUGAGCUGACCAAGGCGAUCCAGGCCUUCUUGGCGACACACGGAGGGGCGUUACCGCGGAAGCGGGACAUGGCCUCCGUGAUCGGGCAAGCGUGGAGCACGAGCUUUACGCCGGACAUCAACAAAGCUUCCUUCGCCGGGGCGGGCCUUUGGCCGGUGGACAAGGAACGGGCACUCAGUCGGCUGCUGAAACCCAAGAGGAAGGAGAGGGAAACCGACCGCCCUCCCCUGCAAGACGUCCCCAUCGCCGUGAGCAACGAUCGGCUGGAGGAAUUGCUGGGCGAACGCGCCGUCCGCAAGCUCCUGGGGGAAGGCCACACCCUCACGGGACUCCGCGUGAGCACGGUGUUUCUCGGCGACUACCUGCCCAGCAAGCGAUCCAAGAAGCCGCCAACCCGGGCGAACUUGGGCAUUCUAGCGGGAGGACUUCUCACUUGUGACGGGUGGUUGGCGGAGAUGAAGAAGAAACAAAACGAAGUGAACCCGCACGCCGACACCUGUAGUGGAUGUCUAGGUUUCUUCGGGGAGGUGGGGGUCGUAUUGUUGUGCAGACAACCACAUGGUAUCGGGCUAAAGUUAGCUCUGAAUGGCUUGAAAUUUGUGUGUGGAACUGAUUUCGAACUGUUGAGUGUUCAGUACGGGUCACGAGGGUGCUUCAGGUAACGUGGUUGUCAAACAGCACGUCGAGGGGGAGGCGGGAAUGGCUGGCGGACAACUUGUGGACAAACUCGGGGAUGCUGUACUUUUGUCCCCUGGGCUAUUUUUUUUUUUUUUUAUCCAACGUGUUUUCUGCAACCUUCAAUACGUUCCUCUGAAACGGCGUCACGCGGGGGGUUAAUAUGGGUGUAAAAUAGUUGCUUCAACAUGUGGCACGGUUUUGGCGGAAUUUACUGCCGUACAAGCCAAAAAGGGGGCAAAAGUGCCCAUGUUUGGACAGGCAUAUCACCAUCCAUAGGCAUCCGUUUAACGGGUUCUUAUUUUUUGUGACUCAGAACAGGAU